AUGCUCAUGUUCAUGUCAUGUUGUGCAUGUCUCUCCCUGGUGCUGGUCUCUUGGCAUUCCGCAGCGGGGCCACUGCCUGAGGUUGUUGGCAGCGUGCAGGUAACUGGCUCAGUCGGCCGAGGGCCACAUGAGAAGCCACGCUGCAACUCAAAGAAUGUGUACUGCACCAUGGACCACGACUUUGUGGAGGACAGCAAGGGGCACGGGCAGGUGCAGCCCAUCGGGACUGUCAUCGACGGCGGCGGCCGCUUCCCAAUCCUCCGGCUUGGCAAAUUCUCGUCGCUUGCUGUGAACACGCUGCGGCUCGAGAAUGGGAACGCACGCGCGUGCGACCCGACAAUGCCGGAGAUCGAACUAAUCAACGUGGGGGCAGCCCGAAGCUCAGAGCCAGGCUGGACGGCGCAGAUCGGGGAGGGAGGCUGCGUGAUGCACGCCGCCGGUGGCGCCAUCUUUUCUGUUGGAGGACAGCUGGUCCUCACGAACACUGCCAUUCGAUGGAACCGUGCCACCUUUGGCGGAGGCCUGUAUGUCGAGGGCGAGGCCGAGGUCCACCAGUCGAAUGUGGAUCACAAUGUCGCCUCAAAAUGCGGUGGCGCUCUGUACGCGUCGGUCGGCUCUCGGGUACUCUUCGACAAGUAUAAAUUCCAAAACAACAAGGACUCGUGCCAGCAACACGCGGUCCCACCGCGCGUCGCGACAGAUCAAGAGUUCAAGUACGGGGCUCCCGCGGAGCGCCGACUUGCAAACCAGGAGGGGGCGCAGGGGAAACAAGAGGAUCUCAACAGCAGAGUGUGGGGUGGCACCAUCUACGAGGGACCACCCUUGAGGCUACCACCCCCGGCACCGAGGGGUUAUGGACGAUAUUCGCUGCAGUGGCUGUGGUCGCUCGCGUGGCCUUCGAACGCUUAG